AGUAGAGCACGAGAGCUCGACAGGGCUCGACACAAUUCGCGCGAUGACGACCCUUCUGCGCCUCCAUUUAAAUCCUCAUUCGCGUGAUAAUGCAUCAGCCGGUGAUACCUCCGGAAGAGGAGCUCAUCCGCCUAUUGAAAUUCGGAACGUCGAGGAAAAUUAGAGACCUGAUAAGCGCCAAUCCCACGAUGGACUUGCACUAUCCACUGGCGAAGAACCUAACGACGCCUUUGACAGCAGCGGUAGAGCGUUCGGAUUCGGCGAUACUGACGACGCUGAUAGACAAGAUCCCGGGAAACCUGGACGCGACGUUGACGCAGCCCUGCGGAAAAACCGCGCUCAUGCACGCGGCUUGUUACGCCAGAAAUUCGGAGGUUUUGCUGGUCCUGAUGAAGAAAGGCGCCGAUCCCAGUAAGACCGACAUAAACGGAUGGAACUGUCUGUUCUACGCAGUGAUCGGUAAGCGGUUGCAGAACGUCAUAGCACUGCUGGACUCCCAAGUCUCCAUAGAAUCGCGAGAUCUCCAAGGCCGUACUCCACUCAUGAUUUCCGCAGUUUGUCUAUCGGACCUCGACACGUUCCACUGUCUCCUGAGUCGCGGCGCCGACUUCGAGGCUCUCGACAACAACGGCCUGAGCGCUUUGCACUUGGCGAUUCUUCACAAGAGGAGAGAAUGCGUAAUUGAAUUGUGGCAGCGAAACGCGGCUGCCGAUCUUCUCACGCCGGUCUCCAGAGCCACGACGAAACAGCUCGUCGAGGAAAUCAUGUCCGAUGUGCUUCCGGUGCACAGGAAAGUGCAGGAUUUUGCGGAGGAGCUGUGAAAUCGCACCUGUUGUUGAAAUUUAUUUGUUGCUAUUGGUUUUUUGCAUGAAUAAUAAACGAGUUGAAUAUGUGCGUAAACAAAGCAGUGCAUACGUUUUAAUCGGAUUCGUGGGAGUGGAAGAUUACAAUUUUAUAAUUAGAAAGCCUGUUGACGGUAUCGCGAUCAGAUUUUCAUCGAGAUCACUUCAGGGAAUACUUUAUGCCGGGUGACGCUCGAUAAGCAUCGCUAUAUAUAUAUGAUAAACGAUUAAAUAUUCCGUUCGCGCUUACACCACCUCGUACACUGGGAUUUUUGUUGGUAAAAAAUAUUAUCUGUGAACGACUUUUGAAUGCUUAUUUAGCUCUUCAUCGAUGGAAAUAGAGUUUGAGGCCGAUAAUCAAUUAAGUUUGAUCGAUAAUAUCUGUAUAGUUUAGAUAUAAGUUUAAGUCCUUCGUUGAGAUAAAAAGUCCAAUAAAUGACCACCAGUCUUUUCGUAAAAAACAAAA